ACGACUGGUCUGGCGCGACUUGUGCAUCGGAGGAUGGCGAAAAUACCUUUGCGCGGCCACCUUCCCGGUUCGCAUCGUCCUUCAUAGACUUCACGAAAAGAACAAAACAGCAACAACAGCAACAAGAACAAGGAGAAGGGGAACCCCCAGCAUCCCAUCCUCUUCCUCCACCUCGUGUUGCUGCGCAGGGAAACAAACCACCAACAGCUUCGCCUCUCGCUCUACCUUUCUCGAACUCGGAGUCGAGUGACGAGGAUAAUCGUGAUGAUUAUGGUCAUGCUCAUAAUCAUAAUGAAGGCAAAACCGGAGGCCGUGAAGAUGUGUAUGUGCUGCGCAAAGUUCCAGUUCCUUCUAUUAAAGAAGUCGAAAAGCAGGCACUCGCACGAACAAGAUCUCGACAGGAUGAGGUUCAAUCGUUGUGUGCUAAAGAAGGAUCUGAGGCUGACGCUGAGCUGGUCGAGAGAGUCAACAUGUGGCUGGAGGAAGGCAAGGUUUCCAAGCUAGUUCUCGCUGCUGAAGAAGACGCGGUCGAGAGGUGUCCAUGGGCCUACUUCCCAACGAUUCGGACACCGGGCAACGGUAAGGUGGCUCUUCAGGGCCUCCACGACAAGCGAAAUGACAAGCUUCGGAGUAUGGUGAAAAAUGGUAAGCACUGGGAAGAGUGGAUCAAGAAAUGGAUGCUUCUCAAUCCGAAUUGCGGGGAGGACUAUCAAAAGUGGUUAGAUGGCACAUCACGCUCAAGUGAGAAUGUCUCUCUGACGCAGGGCUAUAUGCUUAUGCGUUUCCUCGAUCGAGUUGGGUAUCUCGCGGCUGUCACUUCUAGGAGCGCCAUCGCAGGUUUCUUCCUCCCGCUCUUGAAUAUUGCGUUUACAAAUGUAAUCAACAAGAACAACAUCAAUAUGCAGGCGUCUAGUAUUGCUGCAGAAAGAACUUCUGGUGCUUCUAGUUUUAUCAGUGAUCUUGUUGGCAAUGAUCAGGAGGAGCAGAAGUCGGCGUCUAGUUUUGCUACAACUUCUGCUGCCACUUUUAGUUCUAUCGGAGAUUUCCUUUCGUCCAUGUGGCCCUUCAGGUCUACAACUAGUGUUGCUUCUGCUACUACUACUACUACUACUACUACUGCUGAUGAGCAGCUCCUUGAUUUUGAAGAUCAGCUGAACAUGAAGAUGGAGAUGCGCGAUGUGCAUCAGCGCCUUUUCGGUUAUGCAAGUAUGCAGACGGCACUGCAGGCUUUCUACUCCUUGCGUCAAACGGAAAAAUUGAAUGGGGACGAGGCGAAGACGAAUGGCUUUUCCAGUGUGGUGACAUUCGCCACGCAGAUAUUCGAGGCGAAGACCUUUGUCUCAGCAAGCCUCUCUCUUCAGGACUGCACACAUGGGGAAUCGGCCACGAAUUCUUUCGCAACAGCUGUCGGUGGCGGAGCAACGAGUGACGCUGACGACGCGUGGACAGAGGUAAUCUGGCCGACUUAUCAAUUUUUCUUGUCCAGAGUUUGCGAGAUGUUCAGCUACCCGCAAGAUGGUAACAUAGAUUGCCUCAAAACAUUGGUGUCGCAGGACGUUCUUCAGAAAACUCAAAAGGAUAUGAAAGCGGCCUUCGACGCUUUCUUCAACGAAGCGAAGCGUCUAGCCCUAGUGGUAACGGAGCUGCAAGUAAUUGCGAUUCCCCGAGACGAGCACCUGUGGCUGGAUACCGCGUACAUUUCCGGCUCGUUUGGCACGCAUAUCGACGAGAAUUCGGCUGCCGACCAAGCGCGGCUCGCCAAAGAAGGCACUUCGCAGAAGCGUCUGGACACUACAACUAGCGAGGGGCUCGUGGAAUUGGAUACAGUCCUACGAAAGGUCGAGAAUAACUAUGUAGCCACUGCGAAGAGGCUCGACAUCUUCCCGCAGCCGAAGUACUCGGUAGAUUCCAGUCCACCGUAUCAGUGGAAGCAGUUACGAAUUCUUCCGAUUAGUGCGUUUCCAGACGGAAGCGACCCGCGCCUAGUACAAGCCGCUGGCAGGAAACUCCACUUCUUGCGGCUGGCGAACUCCGCGGCAGAUGUGGAGACGAAACUGGAACUGGCAGACAAAACCUACGAGGAGAUCGAGAAGGUGGCGUCGAAGGCCGUACAGGCAAUCCGUGAUGGCUUGUCGAAAGUGCGUGCUGGAGAAUUGGGCCCGACAAAGGUGCCUGACCUGAAACCACAGACAGAACCAGAGGCGACUGAGGUGAAGCCAUAAUGUAGUCUGUGCACUAAUUGGGUUAUGCUUCGCCAGUAGUUCCAUAGAAGCUCCCAUUUUAUCCUCGUGACGUUGUGGCAUGCGCGCCGGCUAUCGCACUAGAUUUCCACUUCUUGAGUCUUGGAACCAGACUCGAGACGUGCUCGAGUCGGUAUCAUCCGCCAGACAUCAGCAUUUUCGGAUGAUAAAUCCACUUCCACAUUUUGAUCUUCAGAUAUUAACCGUUUGUUGACGGUCCAUCGAAAUCGAUAACAUUCUUUUAGGUAGUGAGAAACAACCUCACACAAGAUUGACUACGCACUAUUCGUGACGAAUAUACUGAUUAAUAUAGUGGAGGCUUCUUAUGUUAUAGCUAUGCUGGAGCGGCUUCUUAUGUUGAGACAAAGAGGCGCAGAUCCGAGU